AUGUUUCAUGCUAUACCCUAUGCGGAAGAAUUCGCCGUCAAGAAGCGGGCACUGGAUGUUGCUUUGAAAGGCUAUUCAGAUGUGAAACAACCGAAACGAGCAAGUUCAUCAUUCAUUAGUAUCCGAACGCCAUCUUUCAAAUUAAACGCAAAGUCAAGUUCACAACUCAUCAUAAAGACUAUGGACGAGCAGCGACACAUUUUGGAAGGACUUGACGAAUCGAUACAUACAGAAGUCAUGUUGGUCAAUUCAAUAUUAGUAGACCAUACUGAUGGUAGUAGUACGGCGGAUGAUAACAUACCAAACAAUCUAAAGUCUGAAGUCCUCGAUGCCAUGAGAUCCAUCAAGGGCUACCAAAAGGAAUACGUCCGUGUCUUGCGAGUGAUGGAAGGAAUCAAGGUAGUCGAAGUGGCGAUGCAAGAUGGCUUCUUGGAUCCCAGAAAGGUAGCUAAGUGUCUCAAUGAAAUCCUAAAGGUGACAUGGAAAUCCAGAGCACACAGCCAAUCCCAACAGGUCAUGGCUUCGGAUUCCAAACUGUUGCAUCAGCUCCAACAAGAAGAGUUCUUCCCUUAUUUAAACUCGAGACAUCCGGGUCAGGUAUUCUUUCGGAGUGAGAAACCUAAAAGGAGGGACGAAGAAUUGCAUCUGGUAAGAAUGAAAGGUGCAAGUGCUGGUAAUGGUGGUCCAUGCUCCACGGACAGUAGCAGCAUGCCUGCUCUUUCCAGCAUAUGCUCGGAGUCCGUGGUGUCGGCUUCGGUCUAUGGAGACUCUCAAUAUUCCUGCUACGCACCUUCGGAAGUUUCCAGCAGUGCACCCAAUUCUCCUAGGGCAGAAAAUUCCUGGUCCAAUCGCAACAAGCUCAUUCCAGCAGACUUUGUCAAAAAUCAACAACAGACUCCCGUUUCGAUUCCAGACUUUGAUUCGAGAGAUACACUGAUACCAUCAUUGGCCUUGCGGCAUCCAGAAACUACUAUUUUGGAUUUUCUGAGUCCAACUUUGGAGAUGAUUGUGCCCAAGGAACGGCCUUCCAGGUGGGGCUCCUGCAGCGGCAGCAGCAGUGACACCAACAUGUCCAAGCCUCUGCAUAAGUCGGAACCACCGGGCUUGAUGACCACCAAGGUUGAUGCAACACCCUCCUACCUCCGAGACUGCCUGCCAACCCGACCACCCUCCUUUGCCAAGCGGGCCACCAAUGAUUCCUUUUCUUAUUUGGAGGAAAAGAGCAAUGACUCGUCCUCGUUAAUUGGAAUGGAUGAAAUGUUUUGCUCUCUGGAUUCCGUUCCAAGCAUACCAGCACGAAGAGGGUCCGGGGACUCGAGAUGCAUUAAGGAAGAAAUACUAGAUGAUUGCUAA